CUAGGAAGGGGUGAAUGUGAGUACGUGGCCGUUUGUGCACUUUAGGGGGAUCGGGGCAGAUCCGAGCCGGGACAGCGACCCUGGCUACGACAGUUUCCUCCCCCUGCAGCUACCCCCUGGAUCGGUUUGGAGGAAUCCGUCAGGAAGGUCUGGUCACCCCACACGCUGGUUCCCGCGUCUUCAGCCCACUUGGUCUCCUUGAUACCUUUUCCAGGGACCCUUUGCCUCCUGGAGAAGCCCCUCUGAAUGUCUCGGGCUCCCUUCCCUAACGGAAGUACCGUGCCGGGUUCAAAUUCCGACGCUGCCCGUUGGUGGAUUGCUUGCGGGUCAUCAAGGGGGAAACAGAACGACAGCGGAAGAGUCUGGCCCCUCCCACCUUACUAGCCUGAUACUGCGUCUUCAGCAUCAUCUGUGAGUAUUAUAUCCAAAAAUCUUUAACUUCAACAUAAGCAGGAUCUACAGGAUUGAAGAAAAAAAUUGACACCACGAGGAAAAAUCGAAAGCAAGCGAUAGAACAUUCUGCAGGACAAAUAGCUUCAUCUCGUAAAGCCAGUCAGCGUCAUUAACAACAAUAAUAAAACCCUUCGCCGCUUUUCGUGCGCUGCCGCUCUUCCGGCGUCAUGGUGCCGUCACUGUGGAAGGGGCUGGUGGGCAUCGGCCUUUUUGCCCUAGCCCACGCGGCCUUUUCUGCUGCGCAGCAUCGUUCUUACAUGCGUUUAACGGAGAAGGAGGAUGAAUCGCUGCCAAUAGACAUAGUUUUUCAGAUACUGCUGGCCUUUACAGUUACCUGCUAUGGGAUAGUGCACAGUGCGGGGGAGUUCAAAGACAUGGAUGCCACUUCGGAACUGAAAAAUAAGACAUUUGACACGUUGAGGAACCACCCGUCGUUUUACGUGUUUAAUCAUCGAGGUAGGGUACUGUUCCAGACUUUGGAGGUGACAAACUCUUCAGACCAAGGGGCGCUGGCCUCUCUCGUAUCCCUGACGUCCCAGAAACUUGAAUCACUGCACCAGUAGGACUUUUUACAAAUCGUAACAGGACAGGUCACAGAGCCGGAAUGUUGGCGUUUGGGGU